AUGCAGGGCCAUCCACCUAUCAAGGAAAGGUAUCGAGUAGUGUCCCCUAAGAUACAGGAGGCCAUGUACGCAGAGGUCGAUAGGAUGCUUGCCGAAGGGGUGAUAAAAGAAUUCUCCAGAGAAUGGUCGGCUCCUAUAGUAAUGGCCAAGAAAGGUGACGGGGGUUAUCGGCUUUGUUUGGAUUUUAGAAGGCUUAACGCCAUCUCUAAGAAUGAUCUCAGUGCGGCCUUUAAUCAGAUCCCGUUGGAUGAGUCUUGUCAAGAGUUUUCGGCAUUUGUGGUUCCCGGCAGGAGGCUCUUCACUCCCGAAAUGAGGCCUAAUGCGUUUUCCUUCUGCGUUGGCUAG